AUGGCAUCGCACAUCAAAAAGUACAGACUAGAGAGGAGGCAGGUCAUGAAGUCUGAGAAGGACCACACCUCAUCGGGCCUCAAAAAGAAGGACCUCAUGUACGCGACUCAUGAUGGAAAGUCCAGGACCAUUGUGUCUCGGAAAAGGCACGAGAAUGCCAUCAAUAAUCCUAAACUCCAGGCGUGGUUAGACCACGUGAAGAGUGUUUACGAUGACAUCAAACCGCUUGGCAAGACGUACAAGGAUGCCAUGCAGCUCGCUGCAGCCACCUACAAACGGUCCGUCGUGGUUACGAUCACCGACUAUUGCCCGACUCAGGGCAACGAGCAGUGGUGUGGUGCCGAUGCACAUCAUUUCGACUUGUCUGGGAAAGCCUUCAGCGAGCUGCUGAGCAUGUCCACGUCCAACAAGACAUCAGGUUAUGUUGACAAGGCCGUCGGAGCUUCAAAAGAAGCCACGGGGAAGGUUUUCAGUAAUCGCCUCAAAAGCAAGGGUGCCGCACAGCGUGAGAAGGGGCAAGCAGAGAUAGACGCUGCAAAGGCUCGGAAGCAGGCAGAGGCCACUGGCGACAAGGUUGCAGGAACGGCAAAGCAGGUUGCAGGAUCUGUCACGAACAACACCAGUCUCGCCAAUGAAAGUAGGGCUGAACGUUUGACGGGCAAGCAGAAGGCGGCCCGGAAUGAGUUCUGA